AGACAAUUGCCCCUUCUUCAAGCCUACUUUCGUCUCUUCCACUGGCAGCAGCUGCCCCGCCAUGCAUAAUGUUUUCAGAGAGCUAAUUCAUCGCCAAAAACAAUACGCAUGUCAUGAUCAUCAUCGUCAAGCUCUACAAAAACCAUCAUGCGAGGACAAACAGAAAGACAGUAGUUACAAAAAUGACGGAGGAGGAGGAGGAGGAGGUGGUGGUGGAGGUGUCGACUUCCGGCGGCGGUGCUCCAGCGAAUUCGCGGUGGAAUCCGACCAAGGAGCAGAUUGGCAUUCUGGAGAGCCUGUACAAGCAAGGGAUUAGGACGCCCAGUGCGGAGCAGAUACAGAAGAUCGCCGGAAAACUAGGGGAAUUCGGCCACAUUGAAGGCAAGAAUGUCUUCUACUGGUUUCAGAACCACAAGGCCCGGCAAAGGCAGAAGCAGAAGCAAGAAAGAAUGGCCUGCUUCAAUCGCUAUCUUCACCACAACUUUAAUCCACCUCCUUGCCCCACUGUUGUUCGAAGCCCUUUGUAUCAUCUUCCCCAGAACGAACUAGGGUUCUUCCAACAACACCAGAACCAGAAGAUUCUUUUACAUGGCGGCACCGAGAGGAGACCGGCGGCGCCGGAGACAGUACUGGAGAAGAUGAUAAGUUACAGAAUGAUGAGUUCGAUGAGUGAUCGUCAUGGAGUGUUUGAUGAUAACUACAACUCUAAACACGAAACGUUGCCUCUCUUUCCACUGGAGCCCACGGGAAUUUUGCAAGUGAAAACGACGGCGGAGCCAGCUGAUCCUCUUGCUUCAACCUCAGCUGAGAAUUCAACUGCUCCUUCGAGCUCCUCAGAGACAUCGGGCAUUGAAGAUGAAGGUUCUGGUUAUGGACGACCUUUCUUUGAUUUCUUCUAUGGGAAUGGUUCUUGCUAGCUAGCUAGAGUGACUGAAUGACAAGAAAGCUGUUUAUUGCAUUGCUUGGUUUUGGAAGCUAGGGUUUUUUUCUGGUAUGGAAUAGAUGGGCGUAGA